UGCUAAACGAUGCUCGAAAUGAACUAUAUCAAAACCGAACUGUGCCCCCUUGUCUAUCUUGCGCAGGGAUAAAAAGUCAAAAUCACGCCCCACUUAACACGGUUAGUGGUCAAAUCAAAUCUAACAGAAGGGCCAUUAAAAAAAGCAAAGGUGUAUUUCGGACAAAAUACAUAACUUCAAAACUUGCUCAAAGAAAUAAUAUUCUCCCCUUACAAAAAUAGCUCGAUCCAGAAAGAACCCACAGAUUUGUCUGGCAAACAAGGCCGGUGGCACUAAUCUGAAAUCCCGACCAAUCAAUCACAGGUGGCACGUGUGCCUAGAUCAAAGAAGCUUCGGUUGAAUGAAGCCCUACGCUACGCAUACGGACCAUAUGGGGGCAGGCAGGACACGACAGGCGAUAGUAUAGGGUUCUGCUGCAGGGUGAUCCUCUUCGACGAGCUACUCGCUGGACAUCCAUUGAACUUGUAGCGUCAGCAGUACGGCCUGAUCAUUUCCUGGCGACGAGCGAGGAAUGUACGCUGCACCUUUCAUCUCCACGCCGUAACCGUACCUACCAUUGGCCCCUACCGUCGUCAGCGGCGCCGUUGCAAGCCAAACGUGCUACGGCACGCAGGGUGCGUCCGGUCCGCUCGUCUUGGCCUCUAGUAGCUCCGCCGCCGCCGGACCUCAGGCGACCCCGCUGCAUGCACUGGGCUUGCACUGCACCGCACCAGUGGCUCCAGCUCCGGUGAGUGAUGAUGAGGGAGCAGCAGCUACUGAACCGGGUACCGGAAGGGGCCCUUCAGCUGGGCGUGGACGGCGGACGCGACGUCCACGCCGUCACACGCACGCGCCGCGGGCUCGGAUGCUGACUGACGCACGCCCUCUCCUGGAAAAUAUCCCCGGCCUGAGUGCGAGCCGCAAGUUGCCCCUCUUGCUGCUUGCUUCCCCCCGAUUCCUGGUGCAGAUGCAGCGCACGGUCGGGCGCCUGCCAUGCCAUGCCAAUGCCACCCUAUCGCUGCCCCGGCGCCGCGCGCCUAUAAGUAGCGCGCAUGCGCCGGCCGGUGCAGCAGCAACCACAGCACGGUUCGAGCUCGCGGCGACUCGAUCGGGGACAGACAGACAGACAGACAGGCAGGCAGUCAGCAAGUCGUGGGCGGGGGUUGCAAACUUGCAGGUUAAUUUCGUCCUCGACCUCGAACGUUGGUUGGUUGUGUUGCGAUGGCCGGACGCGGAGGAGGAGGAGGAGGCAGCAAGAGCAGCAGCCUGUACGCGGUGCUGGGCGUGGCCAGCGACUGCUCCGACGCCGACCUGCGCAGCGCCUACCGCAAGCUCGCCAUGAAAUGGCACCCGGACAAGUGCGCUGGGAGCUCCGCCGGCAGCGCCGACGCGGCCAAGGCCAGGUUUCAGAAGAUCCAGGGAGCCUACGCCGUUCUGUCGGACCCCAACAAGAGGAUCCUGUAUGACGUCGGGGCCUACGAUGGCGAAGGCGACGAUGACGGCGCCGGGGAGAUCCUCGGAGAUAUUCUGGAGGCCAUGAGCCAGGCAGGCCCUGCCGACAACGGCGAGGGGGAGAGCCUGGAGGACCUGCAGCGGCAGUUCGAGGAGCUGUUCCUGAGGCCGUCGCCGUCGUCCUUCUCGCCGGUGGGUAUCCGCUGUCUGCUCUGCUUCCUUGGGUCGACUCGGCAUUCUCGUCGGCGUAGAUGCUCCUGGACCUGGGCUGGGCCACGCCUGCUCCUGGCCAGGCCAGGCGACGGUGACAGGCCGGGUCCGUCCGGCCGUCAACCUCCCGCUCCGCGUCGCUUUCCGGCGUAUGGCCCCCCGGCCUCCUGUCGGGCGGCGGCGUCGUUUGCGUCGUGCUAAUUGCGUGGGCCACAUGAUCGACCGCCAGGGUUUGAGACUUUGAGUUUGAGAUGAGUGGCUCCAGAACAGGGCUCUUCCUGUCCAUUGUUAAUCAUUUGUAGAAUUCCUUCUGACGUUUACCCACUGUGUAAAAGGGAAAAUACCCGGUACGGUUAUUCUUUCUGCAAUUGCUGGGUUUAAUGUUUAACCAUGCGUGUUUCUUCUUGAUGGCAGCAGAACGAUGCAGCUGGGAAGUCGGCGUCCAAGAGGAGGCCUGCUGGGAGGAAGUAGGCUGCGGCGUAUAAAGUAAAGCCGCAUUGUAGCUCGAUCGGCCUGAAACAGAUAAGCUACGAGGUACCGAUACCGGGCCAGGACAGUGACCUGCGACUGCGAGGCUGCUGCUGCCAGUCCUGGACACUGAAGUUCAUGCUCCGAGUUGCAGCUACUACUGUAGAUCGGUAUUGGCCAAAUUGGUAUCAUAAGAUAAGAUGGCCACAUACAGCAACAUCUUAAUUUUUUUUUCUAUAUUUAAUGCUCAAUACAUGUGCCGUAAGAAUCUUGAUUAUUUUUAGUUUGUUCA